AUGAAUCUUUAGAAAAAAUUGAACGAAAUUCAAUUAGUUUAGGAGCCUACUUUAUGUAAAGGUAUUAAUUAAUUUAAUGGAAUCUCUUGGGAUGAACUCGAAAGGAGAUUUAUUAACUCUACAUUCUAAAUCUUGUUGAAAGAUUAAGAAAUUUAAUACAUAAAAGAUGGAUCCAUUAUAAGACAGUAUACUUUAUUAUUUAAGGAAAAUAGGGAUAUUAUUAAAGAUAACUCAAAGUAACCUGAAUACUUAACUAAUUUAGAAUAGAUAAAUUUUUUAAAAUGGAUUGGAAGUUAUGAUAAUAAUAAUUAACAAAUUGGUAAAUGGAAUGUAACUUGGAAGGGAGAAACUCUGUAAGAAAUAGGAGGAUAUUAUGAUGAAGGAAAAAAAUAAGGCCUAUGGAAGGAAUUAUUCAAAAAUUAUUGGAAGUGAUAUUAUUUUGUUAUUUUAAAGUUAGGCUUAGGUAUAUGAAUUUGGAGAAUAUCUGAAUGACUAAAGGUAAGGUUAUUGGACGUAUAUAUAUAAGGGAAAAGAAAUGUAUUCAAAUUAUUAUUGUUAAAAUAGAGCUGGAGGUUUAUAUAAUUAGGCAGGUUUAAAACAUGGAAAAUGGAUGUAACCAAAUGAGAGUUUUUGGGAUCAAUCAUAAGUAAUACAUUUUGGAGAAUAUUAAAAUGGUAACAAAAUUGGUAUAUGGGAUAUAUGGGUUGAUGAAUAAGGAAUUAAUAAUUAGAUGUAUAAUUAUUAUUUUUAUAAUAACAUCAACUUAAUUUUAGUGGAGGUGGAUUGUAUGAUGAAAAAGGACAAGAACUUAAAGUAGGAAACUGGAUUGAGAUAAGUAAUAGAUUUUGGUUUCAUUCAUGCUUAACUUAUAAUGGUGAAUAUAAAAAAGGUAAAAAAAUAGGUUUUUGGAAGAGUUUUUGGAAUGAAGGAUCAUAAAUGUAAAAUAUAAAGCAUCAUAUAUAUUUUUUUAGUGGUGGUGGUUUAUAUGAUGAAGGAGGUAAAGAACUUAAAAUUGGAAACUGGAUUGAUGUCAGUGAUGGAUUUUCUGAUAGAUCACUAAUAACUU